GACUGAGCCUCUCUCAAAGUCAGGGAUGCGGUGGCGGUGGUGCACCGACGCAGCAGUCUAACACACAGCAGUCUCAACAAAAGAAUCGUCGACAACACUCGACCUCGAGUGACUCGAGCAUAAGCUCAACCACAUCCAGCCCCAGCUCGGAGCUAUCGAUACCUCAAUUGUCGCCGUCAGUCAAGGACAAAAAUUACGUGCCUAUGCAGGUCGGAGACGAGAUAUUCUUUUUUUCUGAGGAGCGCCUCAGGGCUAAAGGGACUGAGAUAACGUCUCCGAAAGAGAAGGAGAAAAGCGAGAGGACGAAGCUCAACUACGACGAGUCAUCCAAGAGAAGUCCCGUCAAUGUAGCCACCGCCAACAACCAAAAGCAAGUUUCUCCAUGCGAGGAGCGCAGCAGAGAGCGCAGUCUCGACUGCCCAAGUACGAAGCUGACCGGCAUCAAAUGUCAAAGCUCCCGGCAAAGAACGUUAGAGAAAGCGACCAAGGAAGGCAGCAAGAGUCUGGUAAAGAUCCAAGUCGAGAACUGCUAUAGGGAAUCCUUACUGCCCUCUAAGCCCCAGUCUCCCGAGGAAGAAGGGUCCGUCGCGCCCAAGGCCAAAAAGAGUGACUACAACUGCCGAGGCUCCCUGUCCGACAGUGACUGCGGCGUCAUCAACAAAAGCAGCGUCAAGAGCAAGAAGUGUAACAGCAGCGAGCAACCGGCAACGCCCAGCUACAACAGCAACGCCAAGAAGCCUCCCAGCAGCUCGGACCCGGCCAGCAAGAACAAGUUCACCUGGUGCGGCAGCUGCAAGAGCUCCAAAAACCCCGGUUCCUCACUGGGCCUAGGUUCGAAGACGGCCGCGUCCGCGGCGGCUGCAGUGGCGGCGGCGCACGAGCGCCAAGCCAAGAGCUACCUCAAGAGGUUGAGCCGCUCAUCGCUGUCCACCGACUCGGCGGCUGCCGACGCCAACAACAAGAUCUCACUCAACCUGUCCAAGUAUUCGCCGUGCGCCUCCAGGCUAGCCGCCAGCUCGAAGAUUUUGUCGAGCGACUCUCUCGGUUACGGUCCUGGCGCUAGCGGUGGUACCAGCCCUGAGAGCCCGCUACACACGGCACGCGCCAAGAGUCCCGUGCAGCCCUGCCUGUCGCUCAAGAUACAGAAGUUGCAGGAGCAGCCGACGCCGUCGCGCAGUAAGAGCGUCAGUGAUAGCUGCGUCACCUCGCCGACCAGCGACGCCACCAGUUCAUCACCGCCUGGUACCGAGGUCAUCUCCCUCGAGGACGUCAGCCAGAACAGAGAGGAGCGCUGGAACUGUAAUCACCGUAAUCUGCGUUGAAUGGACGUGCAUCACUCGCUCGCGUUUAUCUUCUACUUAUUCUUCUACUUUUUCUUUCUUAGUUUUAAGCAAGCGGGACACGCGUGGUAAUGGGACGCGAUAUUUUCCGGGAGAUGAAAAUAUACGCCGAAUCGUUUCAAAUGUUGCGCUACUUGAUACUGACAGCACUGACAGUUGAGUGCUUAGCGUGUGAGAAUGUGUUGUUAGAUUGUUGGGGUUUGGAAUACGCGCGUGUACUUUAUAGAGCUAAUUUUUGCGGCGACACUUCGACGCCUACAUUUUUCUACAUACAUAAGAAUAAAUGCGGUGCAGAUAGAAUAAUAUUGCUCUACGACAUUAACAUUUGUUUACUUUCUUUCAUCCUUUUUUUAUAAUGUAUAAGACGAUUUCUUUUGGUUUAAAUUUUAUUUUAGACAAGUUUUUCAACUUUGAAGUUAUUUCAAAGAUUUUUAUAUAUGGAUUUGCGAGUUCUACGUCGCGUGCAUUUAAAUUUUUUGAAUAAAAAUUUGCGUCGUUACUUUUUUUAUAAUUUAGAUCGGUUUAUUUAUAUUUGCGUUGAAUUAACUGAAAUUCGAGAGAAAAUUACCAUGUCGGGCCAUUUAUACAUUUAGCAGCAUACAUGCGGUGGCUGCAUAUCAACUAGAGCAUUUUUACUAAAAUAAUUGCUAGAUAAUCGCUGUGAAUUGUUUCAUUCGUUUGAAAAUUUUGUAUAAGUCUCAAACUUCUAAAGAAAACAGUACAAAUGUAUAAAUUAUAUUAAUCUUUCAUUUUUCACUUUUUUACAAGCAUGCUAAUAUUGUUUGUGUGUCUGUGAACGAAGGAAAAAAAAUCUUGGCGAUACAUGUUGUUGCGAUAUUAAGCAUACAAAAAAUAUGUGGAGUAUAUUACAUAUGAGUAUUAUUACAAAAUUAGACAAUCGAUUGACAUGUAAGUAACGAGAACUUUGUCAUGCCAAGAACAAGUUUCUUAGCUAUCUUAGCUACACUGUGAUGUUCCGAUCUUCGAUAUUUUGCAAGAUACGCUCCGUAUCGGCCACUAUGCUGUCUCUUAUUUGUUUUUUUCUUUGUGAAUGGGAUUUAUAUUUUAAUUGUUAUAUUUACAGAUAUUCAAAUUCAAAAUUGCAUUUGUAACUGAAGUGCCAAAAAACGCUGACUAGAUACUCGACGAUUAUAUCAUCAUUGUCUUUUAAAUAUUUGAACAAUAUUCUUCCGCACCUUCGUUGAAUUGAAAAACUUACUAAAACAUUAAUAAAAUGUCUUGUUAAUUUAAAAAUAUGUUUUAAAACAAUGAUAAUUCGAUUAUUACCGUGGACUCGUCAGUUUUAAUCUAGAUAAUUUUUAACAUUACGCAUAAUUAAGUAGCGAUUGAUGCUUAUUUUAUCUACAGAAAAUAAUAAUUGUUCUCAAUAUGUGAAUUUGCGCCAAGUACAUUUUUACUUACAAACGUAAAUAAUGAAUUUAUUGGAAUCCUAUUUAUUGAAAGCGCAUAAGAAAAUUUUCCAAGUUCUGAUUCAAAUCCAUCUAUGAAAUUGAUAAUUGAUGUUUCGUAAGUGUAAGCAAUACUUAAAUAAUUUGCCAAAAAGGAAAAAUGCGAAGAUUUUACAAUUUUGCAGAUUUGUGAGUGAUGUGGUUCUGCAUCAUUUGGCUGUAAAAGUCUCGAUUACGAAAGUUGAUUGAUUCUUUAUUGAUUAAUAAAAUAAAUUGUAUUACAAAAAGACUUUUUUCCAUCAUUACUGAAUAUCGUUGACAACUUAAAUUCAAAGUGCAAACAUGAAAACUGUUUUGGAUAUUAAUGUUGAAUAUAAGAAGUGCUCAAUUUAUGUCGCCUCCGUAUCACGGAUAAUUUUUUCUUAAAUUAAACAUUGACGGUAACAAUAAUUUGUGAAAAAUUUUCAUCGACUAAUAUUGUAUUACAAUAGAUUUAACUGAAUUAUAGUUGGAAUAACUUAAGAAUUAUAAGUUUAAAUAAAGAUCGGUCGACUGCAUUCCAUCGGCUCUACUACUAAAUGGAGCAUUGCAAGAAGGCUACGUAAACACUUGAUGGGAACGUGUUUACCAAAUUCUAAACUAUAAUGCAUCAAUUACGUGCAAUGAAAGAUGCAUGUACAUAAUAUAUAUCUUCCGAUAUAGUGAUCGACAAAGUACAGUACCUACUCGUAUAUUAUUGCAAUGAAACUCUGUCAUAGUUACAUUUUCAUAAAGAUAGAUAGAAGAUAAAAUAUCUGAAUACUAGCUUUCGCCAUUUUCACACUCAAUUUUCAUUUAUACUUUCAAUUAAAAACAAUCAAUUGAAUUAGCGCUAACUUUCAGACAUUACGGUGAUUUAGUUGUGGUUACUUUAAUUUUUUAAUUGUAAUAUUUGAGAUAAUUUACUGUAAUUAUAAUUAUAUCAAUAACGAAAGCUCGUAAUUUUGAAAAAAAAUUGUGUAAAAAAUUGUAAACAAAUUAAUAAGAAUACAAAUAGUUAGGGACAAUACACUGCCAAACUUUGACCGUACGUUAGUUAAUUUGUAAAAUGAGAAAAAAUUGUUAACAAGUUAAGAAAUCGUUUAUGCAACUUUGACCAUAAUAUGUUUCUUGUUAAUAUUUUUAUAUUACACAAAUGUAAAUAUAUGAAUCAUUUUAACAAAGGAGUUAAAGAUACUGUAAUGCAGUGUAGCAUUGAAAUUACAGUUUGAAGACUCAAUGUACCAAUGGAAUAUUACCAAGCGCUCAUUGUGAACAUUGUUUUUUAACAUGUAGACUGUUUCAGAUGAUUUUGACAGUUCUCUAGGAUAUACUGCAUUUUACAUCAGGUGCAUUUAUGAAUCGCAUUCACUUCUGCUUCUCUGGUAAUGCCAGGUUGUAAAUGCUACUGAAAGUUUGUCAUAUUCCAUUUGUUCAUUCCAUUUUUUUUCACUUUGACGCAUCUAAUUAUAAAAAAUAAUAUAUAUAUACAUACUGAAAAUUUAAGUAAUCUCUUUAAGCAGUAAAGGCUAACGGUAAAUUACUUAAAAGUAAAACCAAAUAUCAAUAAGGAAUUUUGUACAUAUAACACUGCAAUAUCAAGAAAUUUGUUAUGUCUAUCUGAACAAGCAUUAAUUUUUUGUCUGUCGUCGGCAUUGUAGAAGGAAAAUUUCGAAUUUUUAUCUAGAUUGGGCACGAAAAACUAUGCCGAAACUUCUCUUUGUAAAUACUGAUAUACCAUAGUUUGUAAGAUCAAUACAAACAUAAUGUCCAUGAAUCCAAUGAUGGAAUAUCGAGCGCGAAGCAAAUAUAAUGGUAUAAUUGUUGUUACGUGUAACUGUCCUUUUUACGUUGAGUUCUAUGUGCUCUCUACAUACGAGAAAAAUUUAUUUAGCAUCCCCUAGCGACAAUGUCAACAGUGUUUAUUUGAUUUUCUUAAUUUUGAAUAAAAUUUCGAACAAAAAUUCACGCAAUAAAAAUAACAUGCAUGUGUCUGAGUGAUUUUGAGAAUGCGUAGACUGUGUACGAAGAUUUAUUGCUAAAAUGGCCGAACAUUAAAACUUGCACGUUGUUUCCUUUUCAAUUGGAACUUUCACAGUGAUAUUUAUUUAUCUUUCCGUCUGGGAGUUUUUUGAGCAAAUAAAUAAUUUUUACU